AUGGUGAGUUUCCGCCUUCCUAAGUUUGAAUCUUCACCUCUGUUUGGUGGCUUGAAGAUGUUCUCCGUGAAAGAAACUGACUUAUCGACUAAACUUUCCAAAGCAUCGGUGGACAGGGGAAGAGACUCUGCGGCGGAUGGUGCUUGUAAGUUGUUUACCGCCCCAGCCCCCGGCUCUCAACCGCUAAACAAUGGUUCAGAUUUCAUCCGCUCGAGCUGCAAAUGCACUGACGAUCCCGACCUCUGCUACGCCUCCUUGGAAUCCUACUCCAGAUCCGUCAACAGGGAGCUAGCGAGGCUGUCGAUCGCCGCCAUCGAUGUCAGGUUGGAGAAGGUGAAAACGAUGGUGUCCUACUUGGCCAACCUCACCCGCGAUGCCGAUCACAAGUCCGACCCCAGAAUGUUACAGGAUCUCCGCCUCUGUCUCCGUUUAAUUGGUGGCACUAAUGGCGCUGUGGACGAAAUCCAGAAGUCGCUGAAACAGAUGCGCGACCUAGGCGCGGCGGGAAGCUCCAAGGAAAUGCUCCGAUCCCCGUUGUUUGAUGUGCAGAUGUCGAUUUCAGGGGCGUCCAUUGAUCAUUCUACUUGUAUCGACAACUUCGACGACGUGGACGGGCCGCUGAAGGAGAAUGUCAUCGCUAGGGUUGCUUAUGUAGGAAAAUAUCUUCGCACUGCACUUGGUUUGGUUGAUUGUUACACUGACAAAGUGACAAGUUGA